CAACCAAACACGCUUCUAAUGCCACCGCCGCUCCUCCUCCUCUUCCCCCUCCACCUCCUCUUCACCUCCCCUGCAUCUAUCCUCCGAUGCCAGUGUUGACCGGCCCUAAUCGAUCUCCACACCAUAUAUUUCUUCGUUUCUGCUCGCCUCCCGAUUCGAUUAGGUUAGGUCCCUUUUUGUUCUGGUCAUCGGGGAUACGGAGCUGGUUUCUAGGGUUCUUGGAUCCUUGUUUCUCUUAGUUAUUUCUCGAUCGAUCGGGGAGGAAUUUUGCGUGUGCGAUGUAUAGCAAUUUCAAGGAGCAGGCGAUCGAGUACGUGCGGCAGGCGGUGCAGGAGGACAAUGCCGGGAACUACGUCAAGGCCUUCCCCCUCUACAUGAAUGCCCUCGAGUAUUUCCGUACUCAUCUCAAGUACGAGAAGAACCCCAAGAUCAAAGAGGCCAUCACCCAGAAAUUUACCGAGUACCUCCGCCGUGCCGAGGAGAUCCGGGCCGUGCUCGACGAGGGCGGCUCCGGCCCCGCCGCUAACGGGGAUGCAGCCGUUGCCACCAGGCCUAAGACCAAGCCUAAGGAUGACAGCGGCGGCGAUGGAGGGGAGGACCAGGCCAAGCUCCGUGCUGGCCUCAAUUCCGCCAUCAUCAGGGAAAAGCCCAACGUGAAAUGGAAUGAUGUUGCUGGGCUCGAGAGCGCCAAGCAGGCCUUGCAGGAGGCUGUCAUCUUGCCUGUCAAGUUCCCUCAGUUUUUCACUGGCAAACGAAGGCCAUGGAGGGCAUUUCUUUUGUAUGGUCCACCUGGAACUGGAAAGUCAUACUUGGCAAAAGCUGUUGCGACAGAGGCAGAUUCAACAUUUUUUAGUAUAUCUUCAUCAGACCUGGUCUCAAAGUGGAUGGGUGAAAGUGAAAAGUUGGUUGCAAACCUUUUCCAAAUGGCUCGUGAAAAUGCCCCUUCAAUAAUUUUUAUUGAUGAAAUAGAUUCCCUAUGUGGUCAGCGUGGAGAAGGUAAUGAAAGUGAGGCUUCACGAAGAAUAAAGACAGAACUUCUUGUGCAGAUGCAGGGUGUGGGAAACAAUGAUGAGAAAGUUCUUGUUCUUGCUGCGACAAACACUCCUUAUGCCCUUGAUCAGGCCAUUCGUCGACGUUUUGACAAGCGGAUCUAUAUUCCUCUACCUGACCUAAAAGCCAGGCAACAUAUGUUCAAGGUACAUCUGGGUGACACCCCUCAUAACUUGACUGAAAAAGAUUUCGAGUACUUGGCUCGUAGGACAGAAGGGUUUUCUGGUUCUGAUAUUUCAGUUUGUGUGAAGGAUGUGCUUUUUGAACCAGUACGAAAAGCUCAAGAUGCUACGUUUUUCUGCAAGACUAGCGAUGGCAUGUGGGUGCCCUGUGGACCUAAACAACCAGGAGCUGUUCAAACCACGUUGCAGGAGCUUGCUGCGAAAGGUCUUGGCGCUAAGAUCCUCCCACCACCCAUCACAAGGAACGAUUUCGAAAAAGUUUUGGCCAGGCAGAGGCCCACAGUCAGCAAAGCCGACCUCGAAGUGCACGAGAGAUUCACAAAGGAGUUUGGGGAAGAGGGCUAAUUGAUGUUCGUUGGCUUAGUAUCUCAUUGAUGUACAUUGUAAUCCUUGAUCUGUAUCAGGAGAUUGUUCAGGGGCAUGAGCCCUGUAUAAGUUGGAGCAUCGAGGCCGAUCUUGAGUAUUUACGCAUCCGCUAGUUUAAACUACGUAUUUGUCCAUCUGAUCACUCCCAAUGUACUAAGAUGGAAGUGUACAUACAUAAUGAAUGACACAAACAAGUUCCGAUCUA